GAGAACAGACUCAUCACUCGUGCAUGUUCUCAUUAUGUGGUAUGCUUUGAUGUUACACCUGCUGCAAUUAAAAUAGUAUAUAACGAGCACUAAGACAAUAAAGAUUUGCUGCAGGCGGGACAUGACAGUCCCCCAUGUCUGAUUUCCCUCACCGUCGCGUUCCAGGUUGGACUCACUAGAAGUCCACAAGCGGCGCCCGAAUACACGGACCUGAAGCUGAUACCUCCCACCCAGAGGGACGAGGUGACGGCAGCGGCGGGUGACAGUUUGCAGAAGGUGAUGGAUCCUGUGAAACAAGUUGGACACCUCUUCAGCUUGUCCGGCCCCGGAUCCCGGCCAUUCAAGAGACCACCUCAGACUCUGGACGACAAUACCAUGAGGGACCCUCCGGCCACUUCUCAGCCACUACAAUGGGAGACACAGAAGCCAUUGAUCCAAGGCAUGGCCCGUCUGUCAAUGAAAAGAAAAAGGAAGGCCACCAAUAGUCCCGUUGCACCCAUUACAUGGGGUAGUGUCAAGGCACUGAGCAAUCACGGUGAACAAGUUCUCCGCAACCAGGGAGCUCCAAUUAACCCGGAAAAUAUGUUCCUUGCUAUGGUGGCAGUUAUCACGUGCGCCUCUGCGGUAGGUGCCAACUAUACAUAUGUAUAUUGGGCAUACAUUCCACACCCCCCAUUGCUACAGGUGGUGGAAUGGGGACACAUUGGGCCUGUCGUCUUCACCAGUGACACUCAACACAUGCCUGGUCCAUGGUCAAAAGAGGGAUCUUCUCAUCCUGAUGAGGAAGGACAGAGUUUUAAUUUUACCUGAGGAUAUGAAUAUCUUCCCUUGUGUUCUGGUAUGACACCUUGUAUACCCAUUGUCCCUCAGACCUGGGUUAAUAGUGCUCCUCCCAUUAAAAUCAAUAAUCAAUUUGGCUCACAAAUUCGUACACUUAUGGAUAUGUAUGUUGCUCUUUCUUUUAAUUUUACUGAAAUAAAUACAACGUCUAAGGCACGCAGCAAUAAGCCAGUUUGUCAGCAAAUUUCAUAUAAGAAUUACACACAUUCCCCUACUUUUUGGAGUCAGUGCCGUGGAUUAAAAGGAAUAGUGUUAAGAUCAGGAAAGUAUGUUUUUGUUGAUUGGGGACCACAUGGGAAGUUUUUGACUAACUGUUCUGAGGACUACAGUCCUGCAGUCUGUGAUUAUGUUACAAAUGCAGUUUGGAACGUGUCAAAGAAUGGGACUGUGAAAGAUAGGAACCAAUAUGGACUCAUGGCUUGGCAUGAUGGAGGCAUGGCACCCCCGAGACCUCGCUUGUCGCUUGCUUCCGGACGGUGGGGACCUGAACAAUGGGACUUUUGGAAGCUAAUAGUCGCCACCACCCCUAUGCAAUUUUGGAAAGGCAGCUUCUCGGGAACAUCACGUUCUGGGUCUCAUUAUCACUUUGUACAUAACACCAGUUUCUAUAUACGAGCCUGUGUUCGAUUCCCCUAUGUAAUAGCCAUUGGCACUGUUUCCUUUGAUGAAAAGGUUAAAGCUGUAACAUGUAAUGACUGCUCUUUAUACUCCUGUGUUAACUCAUCGGCUAAGUUUAAUAUUAGCCGACACUCUCUCCUUGUGUUAAAGGCUAGAACACAUUUGUGGCUGCCUGUGAACCCGACCCGGCCCUGGGAGGAGUCUCCAGUGACUGGGACAUUACUUAGGGUGAUUGGGAAACUCCUCCGCCGCGCUGGACGUUUUGUGGGAUGGCUUGUGCCUGCCACACUUGGACUGACUGCGGUCACAGCCACGGCAGCGGCUGCAGGAGCCGCACUUCACACUGCAGUACAGGCUCAUGACUUUGUUGCUACCUGGUCCCAUGACUCUCCACUCCUCUGGCGACAACAAGUCCGCAUUGAUGAAGAUUUACAAGCGCGGGUGGGGAGUUACAACAGACUGUUCAAUGGCUGGGUGAUCAAUUUGUAGCUGUGCAACAACAAAUUAUCUUACAUUGUGAUUGGAAUGUUAGUACUUAUUGGGUAACUCCUGUGCAAUUUAAUAAUGUUUCUACUUCAUGGUCUCAGAUUCAGCAUCACCUUAACUGUGUUCAUGGUAAUUUGUCUUUGGAUGUAAAGUCUUUGCAAAAUCAAGUACUUCAAUACUUUUCUAAAGAAUUGCCUACAAAUUCUAUUGAUGGAUUGGCUGAGGGUAUUGCCAAUGCUCUACAGGGCAUGGACCCUCGUUCAUUGGCUCAAAGUCUGACUCAUAGUAUUGGCAGUGGAAUUAUAGCGAGACUAAUAUGGGCUUUGUUGUUUGGAAUAGGGUACUACUGCCUCCGACGACCGACAAGCCUCCGGUUCGACUCAGCUAAAAUGAUGCUUGAAUUAUUAAAGACAAAAGGGGGAGAUGUUGGAGGCGGCCACCCUGCGUAGUGAGCAGAAGGGCCUUGACCCGAGUCUCUAAGGCAUGUGAAAACACAUGCGUCUCGGAGGAAAACCUCUGAGUGACAGGACUUGGUGUUGAGAGCCUGGAAGUGACCUGCGUACAUCUCCACAGACUGACAACAACAAAGUAAUGAGCGAACUUCCCAGGCUCAGGCUAGGAGGCGAUGAGAUCAUGUGUGUGAGAACGAACCGCCCGGUACCCUGCUGUCUGAAGUGAAUAGAUACUACUAAGAAAACAGACUCAUCACUCAUGCAUGUUCUCAUUAUGUGGUAUGCUUUGAUGUUACACCUGCUGCAAUUAAAAUAGUAUAUAAUGAGCACUAAGACAAUAAAGAUUUGCUGCAGGCGGGACAUGACAGUCCCCCAUGUCUGAUUU